UUUUAAACAGAGAAAAAAUAUUACAAAAUAAAAAGGAAAAAAAAAACUAACAUUUUCUCAUUCUUCUUUCAUCAAUCUCUCAUUUGAGUUUCAGGGUAUUUUUCUAGAGUUAGGUGAAAGGUUGUAUCUUGAUUCUUGGUAAUGGCUGAGAUUUAAGGAAGAAAAAGAAGACUUUCAUAUUUUUUUUUUUGGAUUAGCGGCGGAGAUGAGCGCUUCGAGGUUCAUAAAGUGUGUCACAGUCGGCGAUGGUGCCGUCGGGAAAACAUGUAUGCUGAUCUCUUACACCAGCAACACUUUCCCUACGGACUAUGUACCAACUGUUUUCGACAACUUCAGUGCUAAUGUGGUUGUAGAUGGGAACACUGUGAAUCUUGGAUUGUGGGAUACAGCCGGUCAAGAAGACUAUAACAGGUUAAGACCAUUAAGUUACCGUGGUGCAGAUGUCUUCAUUCUUGCUUUCUCUCUUAUUAGCAAAGCUAGCUACGAGAACAUAGCGAAAAAGUGGAUUCCUGAGCUCAGGCAUUAUGCACCUGGAGUUCCUAUUAUCCUCGUUGGAACAAAACUCGAUCUUCGAGAUGACAAGGAGUUCUUCAUAGACCAUCCCGGUGCAGUGCCUAUAACUACAAACCAGGGAGAAGAACUAAAGAAACUGAUAGGAUCUCCGGUUUACAUCGAGUGUAGUUCAAAGACUCAGCAGAACGUUAAAGCAGUCUUUGACGCAGCUAUAAAAAUGGUGCUUCAGCCACCGAAUCAAAAGAAGAAGAAACUGAACAAGAGUCUUUGUGUUAUAUUGUGAUCUCUUCUUCUUUUUUUUUUAAAAAAGGGAAAAAACAAGAAGAUUUGUAGGUAACAAACGAAGCUGAAGAGACAAAAAGAAGAGUCUAGCAUCAAAAGCAGCCUUUCUGGUCAUUUGAAGUGAGGCCAAGAGGAUUUUGAGUAAGAGAAGGUUGAUGUGUUCUUGGUGUGUCGUUGUUGUUCUUGCUCUAUGUAGACUAAUCUCUGAAAACCAUUUUGUACUUUUAACGGACGAGUUUAAUUAACUUUAUCAUCGUAGUUCCUCUCUUCUAGGCUAUCAGAAAAUGUUAAUAACACAACACUUGUUGGC